UUUUGAACAUUUUCUAUUCAAGAUGGGUUUAGUCCAAGCAGAGGGGAGGUCAAAGACACAUGGUGAGAUUACUGUGACAACCACGAGUGAAACCAGCCUAUCAACAGACCUUACCACGAACAACUUGCAGCUAUCCACAAAGACAGACAGGCCUCGCCAGGUGAAGAUGAUCAGAGUUAAUGCACACUUGACUACAGAAAUUGUGACAUCCUAUUUGUUGAAUCACCCCCAACUGCAAGAAAUAUCAACACAGACUCACCCAGUUGUUGUUCUUCACAGUGAAACCGACAGAAAGCUUGCCGUCUCUUUCUGCAUUAUGGGGAAUAUUCUCUCCGGUAUUCGUGAGGACACUUGUGUUGACGUCAUCGGCCAUGUGAGAACAUUCCUCAGAUGUUGCCCUGACCUUCAGUUCAACGAGAAUGAUGUGCAGAUGUUUCAUGACUUUGCCCUGCAGUGUAUUCUGAGAACAGAUCCUUCAAAUACCUAUGCCAACAUCUGAACUCAACACCAGACAGUCCCAAAGGACAACAUCACACCUACGAAAAGAACGAACCUAUUACCAUAUUAUUCAGUCCCAUAAAAGCGACACCAAUAUAUAUCUAUUAGUGAACACUUUCCUUAUUAUUCAGUGACAAUGCCUUGAAAUGAAUCGUAGGAAUGAAUUACCAGCAUUGCCUCGAACAUAAAUACCGAUAAUAUGACGACCUUUGUUAUUGAACCAUAAACAUCAUUUUCAAUUCAGGAACAAUUGGUUGAGUGUCUUGAUUACAUGGAAAACCCGCUUACAUGUAUCUAACAUGAUAUAGCACCAAUCAUGCGGUGAAGGUGACACAAUUUACCCCAAAAUCAAAUCAGUACGGACGAUUUGUACUUGUUCUACAUUAUUUCACAUUGAUUUGUAUUAGUUCCACAGAAUUUCACAUUGAUUUCUACUAGUUCCACAGAAUGUCACGUUGAUUUGUACUGUGUCAGCACAUUAACUUGAAUAAAAUCUCAUUUUUGUAUCCA